AUGAUGAGAACUCUUAUCACCACACACCCACUGCCCCUGCUUCUAUUGCCGCAGCAGCUGCUGCAGCCAGUGCAGUUUCAAGAGGUGGACACAGAUUUUGAUUUCCCAGAAGAAGAUAAAAAAGAAGACUUUGAGGAGUAUUUGGAACAAUUUUUUAGUACAGGGCCUACCAGACCACCUACCAAAGAAAAAGUCAAAAGACGUGUCCUUAUUGAAUCUGGAAUGCCACUAAAUCAUAUAGAGUACUGUACCCAUGAAAUCAUGGGAAAAAAUGUUUACUACAAACACCAUUGUGUGGCAGAACAUUACUUCCUUCUUAUGCAAUAUGAUGAGCUCCAAAAAAUCUGUUACAACAGAUUUGUGCCAUGUAAGAAUGGAAUUAGGAAAUGUAACGGGAGCAAAGGUCUUGUAGAAGGAGUGUAUUGUAAUUUAACAGAAGCAUUUGAAAUACCAGCGUGUAAAUACGAAUCACUUUAUAGGAAGGGCUAUGUCCUUAUCACUUGUUCAUGGCAAAAUGAAAUGCAAAAACGUAUUCCUCAUACUAUAAAUGAUCUCGUGGAGCCACCUGAACACAGAAGUUUCCUCAGUGAGGAUGGUGUCUUUGUCAUACCGCCCUAG